CACUUUCUCCUGCAGGUGAACGUGGGCUUGUGCAUCAUAAGCAUUAUUAUGAUGGCGACCACCAAUUCUCUGAUGUGGACAUUCUUUAGUCGGGGCCUCAGUUUCUCCAUGUCUUCGGCCAUUGCGUCUGUCACAGUGACUUUCUCGAACAUCCUCAGCUCGGCCGCGCUGGGCUAUGUGCUGUACGGAGAGUGCCAGCAGGUCUUAUGGUGGGGAGGAGUGUUCCUCAUCCUCUGCGGACUCGCCCUGAUCCACAGGACCCUCCCUCCGGCCCGCAAGACCCUUCCGCACAAGUGCCAGUAGCCCUGGUGGCUGGGUGGCCCGGCUGGGAAGGCCGAUGCUUGUGCUGGCACGUGGGGACCGCUGCGUCCCAGGGCGACCUGUCAGCCACGGAGACACUAAACUGGCCAGGCCUUCAGGCCAGGCCUGCACCCCAGGGGCGCGGGCCUGUGACCCAGCAGCCUGAGGUGGACAGCGCUGGCUUGCGUAAGGAGGCGCCCCACUGGCGUCCUGCAGGAAUCCUGACCCACAGCGCUUUUGGUGCUCACGCUCCUGGGCCGAGGCAGGUGCUGGAGACCGCGUCAUGGGUCUGUUUCAUGUGGCCCUGGAAACCAUUGUGUAAUUGUAGUCCUGUUGCCUGACCAAAGCUGGUUUUGGAUCGGGGACCUGCAGGGCUUUCUGACAAGUCACGAUGAUGUAUCAGCCAUCGUGAUGUGCUUCUGUGCUGCGGCAAGAGAAGAAAA